ACGAUGAGUCACAGUCUCCUCAUCUUUUCCGGGUGACUAGGAUGUUGUGAUUUAGCAGUAGGCUAACGAGCUCAUAACAGAGUUUUUACAAAAUUCCUGGUUAUGUUCGUUGCUUAAAACUACAAAUGUCUGCGUCGUCUGAACCGGGAAUAUCAAAAGUUAGGGAUCUGAAUCCAGCGACGCUCUCGACGAGCAAAGCACAGACAGCGGCGGCGUUAGUUGCUCAAGCCCGUAGCAAGAAGCGAGCCGUCAGUCCCGCAAUCCACACCAUACCACAGCCAAAUAAUAACAUCAGCAAAAAGAAAAAAACACAACCUCCAUCGUCAGCUACUCAAACUCAGGUUGCUCCAGUGGAGGGGACUUCUGAAGGAAAACCAGCAGCAGCUGUUGAUAUAGAGAAUACUACAAAGUGUCUGCCUUUUAAAAACCCUAACUUUGUGCAUUCAGGUAUUGGUGGAGCUGCAGCAGGCAAGAAGAAUAGGACGUGGAAGAAUCUGAAGCAGAUUUUAGUAGCGGAGAAAGCGCUGCCCUGGAAAAUAUCUGAUCCUAACUACUGCAGCAUAGAUGCACCUCCUUCUAUGAAACCUGCUAAAAAGUACUCAGACAUCUCAGGUCUUCCGGCAAACUACACUGACCCUCAGACUAAACUGCGCUUCGCAUCAAAGGAGGAGUUUUCCUACAUCCGUCAGUUGCCCACAGACGUGGUGACUGGAUACCUGACUCUCCGUAAAGCCACCUGCAUCGUUCCUUGAGAGAGAACCCCAAAAUAAAGAGGGUUGACUCUCUUUUCCAGGCAGAGACUUUCAGUGGAUUAUUUAAAAUGAACUACUUUUAUUAUUAUUUUUCUAACACUGUUUUUCACACAACAAUUGUCUAUAUUUGUACCUGUAUUGUGAACCAAAUAUGAUACAAUCCAAAUGCACAAAACUCCUUAAUCCUAAGAUCUUAAAUGGAUCCAAAUACUGGUGUGGACUAUAACCAGUAACCCAGUGUAAAUUAGAUUAUAAAUAGAGACAAGUCUCUAGAAAAGGAGCAAUUUCUGUUGUCAACCUCAUGAAACCCCUUAUUAGAACAGUUCACAAUGUGGUCAAUGAAUAAAGUAAUUCAUUUAACAAUCAAA